UGUUUCCCUGCACGGAUCUAUCGUACUUCUCUCUGCAAAAGUGGUAUUUUUGUUUUGCAAACUGUUUUAAUGUGCAUUUCCUAAAAUAGAGAUAACAAAAUGAAAAUUCAUGGUGUAUGCUUUGCUCCUUUGAUCCUUCUGGGUCUCGCGUCACUUCUUUAUCCUGGCGAUUCUGCAUUUCAUACUUUCUCCAGUCUCAAACCCCAAGCCUCGGAUAAGACGCAGGCAAAGGCUGUGGUUGAACUCCUUAAACGUAUUCUUGGUGGCAGAUCGAGAGAAUUCAUUGUGUCCGUCAACAGAACGUUUUCCAACGACACGCUGGACGUUUGUGAACUUCGAUCAUCGAAAAACAACAAGAUCGUAGCCAUUGGAAACACUGGGGUAGCGGUGGCCACUGGGAUAUAUAAUUAUUUGAAGUAUUUCUGUAACUGUCACAUAUCUUGGUCAGGUAAUCAGUUGAACGUCCCACGUCCCCUUCCUACUCUCACUGGUGUUCUGCGUAUCAGCACUCAACACAGAUUUAGGUACUAUCAGAAUGUGUGCACACAGAGCUACUCAAGCGUGUGGUGGGAUUGGCCACGAUGGCAGCGGGAGAUUGACUGGAUGGUACUCAAUGGCAUUAACUUGCCUUUGGCUUUUACUGGACAAGAAGCCUUGUGGCAAGAGGUGUACCUAUCCCUUGGUCUGAACCAGACUGAGGUGGACCAGUUUUUCACCGGUCCUGCAUUCCUGGCCUGGAAUCGCAUGGGGAACCUAUUCCAAUGGGGUGGCCCACUGCCCCAGUCUUGGCACGUCAAGCAGCUUCACCUGCAGUUUAAAAUUUUGGAGCGAAUGAGGGCUCUGGGAAUGAUGCCCGUUUUGCCAGCCUUCUCUGGGAUUGUGCCCCCAGGAAUCACCAGGCUGUACCCAAGAUCAAAUGUGACUAAGCUGAACCCAUGGAGCCAUUUCAACUGCACCUACUCCUGUGCCUACCUGCUCGAUCCCCGGGACCCCCUGUUCCAACGGAUCGGGGGGCUUUUCCUGACCCAGAUGAUGGAGCAGUUUGGGACGGACCACAUCUACAGUGCAGACACCUUUAAUGAAAUGACACCCUCUUCAUCUGACCCAGCCUACCUGUCCUCUGUCAGUCAUGCAGUCUUCACCACAAUGACCUCAGUGGACCCACAGGCAGUCUGGCUGAUGCAAGGCUGGUUGUUUGUUUCUGACACAGCGUUUUGGAGACCGGCCCAGGUCAAAGCGCUGCUGCACGGUGUCCCGCUUGGGAGAAUGAUUGUGCUGGACCUGUUUGCUGAGUCCAUGCCAGCCUUCUCCUUCACACAGUCCUUUUAUGGCCAGCCCUUCAUUUGGUGCAUGCUGCACAACUUUGGUGGGAACAGCGGCAUGUUCGGCACGGUGGAGCAGGUCAACAUGGGCCCGUUCGAGGCCCUGCGCUUCCCCAACUCCUCGCUGGUGGGACUGGGCAUGGCCCCAGAGGGCAUCGAGCAGAAUCCCGUGGUGUACGAGCUGAUGAGCGAGCUCGCCUGGCGCAAGGAGCCCGUCAACCUGCUCAAGUGGGUGUCCCUGUACGCCGCCCGUCGCUACGGCAGCAUGGACGAGGGUUUGGGGGCUGCUUGGCGGCUGCUCUUCCGGAGCGUAUACAACUGCACCCUGGCAGGGUACAAGAACCACAACCACAGCCCGCUGGUGCGACGGCCAUCGCUGCGCAUGGUGACGGACGUGUGGUACAGGCCCGCCCACCUCUACGAGGCGUGGCGGCUGCUCUUCGAGGCGGCUCCGACGCUGAUGGACACGCAGACCUUCCGUUACGACCUGGUGGACAUCACGCGACAGGCUCUCCAGCGGCUCACCACAGAGUUCUACCGAGAGAUCCGCGACGCCUUUCAGUCACAGAAGCUUCCGGAGCUUUUGACCGCGGGUGGCGUUCUCGUGUAUGACCUGCUGCCCGAGCUUGACCGCCUCCUGUCCAGCGACAUCCACUUCCUACUCGGGUUGUGGCUCGAGAAUGCACGAUCGAUGGGAUUAAAUGAGAGAGAGGCUCAGCUGUAUGACUUCAAUGCCAGGAACCAGGUCACACUAUGGGGACCCGAGGGUAACAUCCUGGACUAUGCCAACAAGGAGUGGGGUGGACUCAUGGAGGAUUACUACUCCCAGAGAUGGGGCCUGUUUGUCAAUACACUGGUGGAAUGUUUGGACCGAGGAAGACCCUUCAGACAAGACGCCUUCAACCAGGAAGUUUUUCAGGUGGAGAAAGGAUUUGUUUAUAAUGAACGGAAGUACCCCUCCAAACCAAUUGGCAAUACCUAUGAGAUUGCAAGGAGAAUCUUCCUGAAAUACUACCCUCAAGCACUUAAGACGUUGACAUGAACCACCCAACUAUAGAGUCCUCAGUAACAAAUUCCACCUCCAAUGACCAUAACUUCUUAAGGAAUAUAAAACACGAUGGACAUAUUCCGAUGGAUUUUUUUGCUACAAAAUGUAUAGAUAUUUUUUCUUCCACUUUGGGGAAAUUUCAACUAUCUGUAGUCAGAUUGACAAGAUGGACAUGGACAGUGUUAAAGUGGGUAAACUUUCAGUGUUGUCUGAUAACAUGUGGCCUUGAAUAGCUAAAACCUUUCACACAUAUUGGUUGGAAUGAGCUCCCACUUUAAUAUGGUGACAUUUUAGCUGUAUACACCAAUGUCUGGUAGACAUCUUUGCCUGUUUUUAUCCUGCUGCUAUUAUAGACGGUGGAAAAAAUUCAGCACCUCAGAUGCCUUCAGUAUGUGUUACAUUAGGGCUAAACCUCACUUCAUUCAUUGUGUUUCCUAAGUAGACAUGGUAAACAUGGCUAAAUCUGUUUUUAUUUCUUUAACAUGGGAUGGAACCUCCUUGUACAGCUUAAAGAAUGUCUCUGAAGAUCAGAUUGGACCUGCAGAGGUUAAAUCAUUUUAAUUCAGGAGAAUGAUACGUUUUUUUAUUCGAACUGCAGUACCAUGAAAAUGUACAGUACUGUAUAGCUCAAGACUGUAAAUACGGAUUUUAGACAGAUUUUAAAUAAUUAAUUCUAAAGAAUUGUUGUCCAUUGCUGCCUGAAUGCAUAGCACUAUGGGAGUAAAACGACAAUCAUGUUAGUUUUUACUUCAAAUGUACAGUGAUUUACAUUGCAAAAAAAUCGCCAAGUUUGGGAAAAUGGACCAUGGUCUGCGGAUCAAAAUAAUGGCGAGGAAGAGUAGUGAUGUUUUUGUCCAAUUGUUUUGUAUGCAAUUGUUUACAUCCUGUAAAAACUGAUGUUGUGACAUAACUUUAAAAUGUUUUUCUCAGUGGUUUACUUAGAUCUGACUGGGUCAUAUAAAUUAUGAAGCCAUUCAUUGGCUAGUCGAGUGUCUGUGUCUGUCUGUCUUUUUGACCCUGUACAAUUUCUCAACCUUAAUUACUGACCAGUCAAAAAGGGAUAGGUUUACAAAGUAUUUCAAUGUGAAUAUGAAUAGGAAUUCAGAACAAAAUGCUAUUUUUAUAUUCUGUCGAAUAAAGCCAUACUUUUCAU